CCUCCAAUUUCCCGUCAUUGUGCGUCUUUCUCUUUCCUCCAGAGCUCCAGCUUGGACUUGAAGGUCCCAUGGAGUCUCUCUCUCUCCUCGCUAGGCUGUCACAGUGCUUCUAAAGCUUCCAGUUUUUCCAAUGAAGUUGGUGAACAAUGAGAGAGAGCUCACCGCGGUUUCAAUUCAGAGCUCCUGAAUUGUUGUAAUUUUUUUAGUGACCGAUUUCUAGGGUUUUGCGAGCAAUUACAGUUACAGUUUGAAGAAUGCCGGGGCACGGAUCGAAACCGGUGACGUUCGAUACUGCCAAGCCGCUCCGGCGGGACCCGUACGAGGUCCUCGGCGUCUCCAGGAACUCCACGGAUCAGGAAAUCAAAAGCGCGUACCGAAGAAUGGCUCUCAAGUACCAUCCUGACAAGAAUGCAAAUGAUCCUAAAGCAGCUGAUAUGUUUAAGGAGGUCACCUUUUCCUAUAAUAUCUUGUAUGAUCCCGAAAAACGGCGUCAGUAUGACACUGCUGGUUUUGAGGCUGUUGAUUCAGAAAGCCAAGAUUUGGAGCUAGAUCUUUCAAGUUUGGGAGCUGUGAACACCAUGUUUGCGGCCCUUUUUAGUAAACUUGGUGUGCCAAUUAAGACCACUGUAUCAGCAACAGUCUUGGAGGAGGCACUUAAUGGUGUGGUCACCUUUCGGCCACUUCCAUUGGGACAACCUAUAUCUAAGAAGGUUGAGAAGCAGUCUGCUCACUUCUAUCGUGUUACAAUAACAGAAGAUGAAGCUCGAGCUGGAUUUGUAUGUCGAGUGCAGUCGUCAGACAAAAGCAAGUUCAAGUUAUUAUAUUUUGAUCAGGUGGAAAAUGGAGGAUUAAGCCUAGCACUUCAGGAGGACAGUGCCAAAACAGGAAAGAUCACAUCUGCUGGAAUGUACUUUCUUGGUUUUCCUGUUUAUCAGUUGGAUCAAACAAUGAAUUCGAUUUCUGCUGCAAAAGAUCCAGAAUCUGCCUUCUUCAAGCAGCUGGAUGGGUUUCAGCCAUGCGAAAUAACCGAACUGAAGGCUGGCACCCAUGUCUUUGCUGUCUAUGGUGACAACUUUUUUAAGAGCGCAAGCUACACAAUAGAGGCUCUUUGUGCCGCAGCUUAUAAAGAAGAGAAGGAGUACCUUAGGGCUGUGGAAACUCAAAUUCUAACAAAAAGAGUGGAAAUAUCGAAGUUUGAAACUGAAUACCGAGAGGUUAUGGCACAAUUUACAGAUAUAACCAGUCGAUAUGCAGAAGAAAAACAAGCUAUUGAUGAGCUUCUCAAGCAAAGGAAUGAAAUACAUGCAUCAUAUACUAUUGCUCCUCCAAUGAAGCGGAGUACAAGUAAGAGCAAGAAUAGAGGUUCCUUUAAGGACACCAAUUCCUUUGAGGACACUAGAGAAGAUGACCAAGUGAAAGGGAAGAGAUCUACGACUCGGGAUCGGGAUCGACCUAAGAAAAAGAAAUGGUACAAUAUUCCCUUGAAGGUUGACAAGAGAAAGCCUUGCUGAAGAGGGAAAGCUGAAACAGGUCGCGCUCAUCGUUUUCCCUGUUGCGAUGGUUUGGCAUCUCAUCAAGCAAAGUACAAGGCUGGGCGAUUACUGCAACAGUGUAUGUUGAUCAACUAUGCUUCUGCUCGAAUGGCUCCAUUACUCUGUCAAAGGUCACAAUAACUCAUUGUUAAUGUAGUAUUCUUUCCUUUUAAUUUUUCUCUUUUCUUAUUGCCUGGGCAAUUCUCUUGUUCAUUUUUCUAAGUAUCUUCGGCGAUCAUACCUGUAAAUUGCAUAUUUUGUUGAUCAAGUUCAUUCCAUCAACUACAGCAUGGGAUGUAUUUUUGGAUUAAGAAAUGGAAAAAUGUGUCGAGAAAUUCCCCGCU